AUGGACUUCGCCGACGAGUUCUUUUUUCACAAUUUCCUUUGCGACUCCGACGAUUCGUCGUCCGAUGACGAGGAGGAGAUAUUAGCUGCCGUAUUGGUCCAUCACCACCUCAAGAGCCAGCGGCCGUUGUUCCGUAGCUCCAUUCUGGACCAGCUUCUGGCGUUCAAUCGCAACCGAGAGAGCGGGCAUUUCCUUCUUUGGAAGGACUACUUUGAUACAACAAAUCCGUUGUUCAAACAUCAAAAAUUUCGCUGUCGUUUCCGUAUGAGUAGGCAUCUUUUCAACCGUAUUAGAGAGGGGUUGGUCGGCUAUGAUGACUAUUUCGUGUGCAAAGAGGAUGCCAUUGGCAAGAUUGGUUUCUCCUCUUAUCACAAAUGCACUGCCACCAUCCGAAUGCUUGCAUACAGAGUGCCCGGUGAUCUCAUUGACGAGUACAUCCAUAUGAGCGAAUCUACAUGCCUAGAGUCCCUGUAUAAGUUCUGCAAGGCUGUUAUUGCUGUGUUUGACCCUGAGUACUUGAGAGGGCCAACUCCUAAAGAUACAGCCCGUUUGUUGGCGAUGAAUGCCAGCAGGGGCUUCCCAGGGAUGCUUGGCAGGAUAGACUACUGA